AUGCCCAGCCUCAGAGCCGGCCGGAGGGCCCUGGCCCUGAUUCUCCUGGUUGUCCUCCAGCUUCAGGCCUGUAGGGGACAGGGUGCUGCUGAGUUCAGGAAGCCCAUCUACCAGAGACUCAGACGACUAGACGAUCAGUUCCGUCGAUUCCAGGAACUGACCCUGAGCCGGUUAGAGUUUCUGUCGCAGAUGUCUAACGUGUCGACCUCCCUAGAGGUCAGAGUUCAGACCCAGUCCGACCAACACAGAAACCUCACCCAGGAACUAACAAAACUCAGAGACACCACCACACAGGAGCUGAACGGCUUGAAAGACUGGAGCAGUAAACUACAGAAGAAGAACAAGAGGAUGGAGGGAAGAUUGGCCUCACUGGAGAGACGCAGCCAGGGACAGAGCAGCAAGCAGACCCAGAGACGGAGUCAGGAGCAGGGAGAGUCUCUCUCCAGCCUCACCCUGGCGCUCCACAGCCAGGAGGGGCGUCUCGACUCCCUGGAAGCCCAGCGAGAGGAGCUUCUGGUCGGGCUGAGAGGUCUCCAGGAGUCCCUGAGCGAGCAGGAUCUCCGGAUGAGCCGGCUCGAAGGGAGGCUGGGGGAGCUACUACAGGGGAAUGGAGUCUCUUCCAGGGGAUCAGAGAGGACAGGAGACCCCCUCACCUCCAACCUCACCCCCCAGGAUACAGCACCCCCACGGAGAACCCAGGCCUCCAGAGGACAGAGCCCAAGACAGGACACCCAGACCCAGCCCGGACACACCCAGACAUAUUACCAGCCCCUGCCUCAGGCUAACAUUCAGCCUCAGCCCCAACCCCCAACCUUCUCUCAGCCCCAGACCCAGACCCAGCCCAAACCCCAACCCCACUCUCAGCCGAAACACACCAAAGACAGGAGGAUGAGGACAAGACUACAGCCUCCACAUCCACCUCCCCACCCCACACAGCCUCCUUCUCAGUCCCAGGAGGAGAAGAGGAGGCUGGCGGAGAGAGGACAGGAUAGCCCCCGGCCUGAGGAGGAAGAGGAGGAGAGGAGGAGGGGAGAGGAGGAAGAGGAGGAGAGGAAAGGAGAGGAACCACUAAUCCAGAACCUUCUUCAGCUUCCAGUGAGACAUAAGAUCCCUCUGCAGCACAUCCCCAGGAGAGAAGCUACCAUCUGUAAUGUGGACUCCAUGCUCCUGUUCCCGUCAGCUUCCUCUGAGAACUACGUCACCUUCUCCCGGAGCUUCCCUGCUCUUCCAGAACUCUCUGUGUGCCUGUGGCUCCGCGUCGACGUCGGGUACGUCGGAACGCUCCUCUCCUACGCCACGGAAGACAACGACAACAAACUAGUUCUAUACGGACGCAACUCCUCCUCCUCUUCCUCAUCCUCCUCAUACUCUUCCUCCACCCCCAGCCGAGCAACCCUGGACUUUGUGGUGGGAGACCCUGUGUACCGUGAGCUCCCUGUGGACUCGGUGCUGGACGGGUGCUGGCACCACCUCUGUGUCCUCUGGUCCUCUAUCCAGGGACGAUUCUGGCACUACACCGACCGGCGCCUGACCUCCGCAGGGUCACGGUUCAGGAAGGGGUACGAGGUGCCGGCAGGGGGGUCAGUGGUGCUGGGAGCAGAGCAGGACAGCCAGGGGGGAGGGUUUGAUCCCACCGAGGGGUUCGUGGGGCGCCUGGCGGGGUUCACUGUGUGGGACCGGGUGUUGAGUCCUGGGGAGGUGACGGGGGUGGCUACGGGGAGGGGGGUACCCCGGGGGGUGGUGCUGGGGCUGGGGGACGUAGACGGGGUUCAUGGGGGGGUGCAGCAGGUAGCCUGCGAGUGCCUGGAACACUGUAGCUGAAGCAUCUGAUUCCAAACCCACCCUAACCGCUCGUCCCUGGUCCCUAUAGGCACUCCUAGAUCUAAAGUGUGGUGUCAAACUUCAGUCCUUGAGGGCAGAGUGUGUGUGUUUUUACUCCUCUGUACUUGAUAGAUCAACUAAGUUCAUUGAUUUCUUAGGAACUCCCCUCACCUGGUUGUCUAGGUCUUAAUCGGUCAUGAAUUAAAAACAAACAACAUCAACAACCAGCAGACAUUUGUCUCUCCAGGAAAUGAGUUUGACACCUCUGGCCUGAGGGGUUGACUUGGGAUUCAGCAGUCUAAAUGUUGUAAUAUCAAUCAAUGAACUACCAGGGAGAUAGAAGACUGGCCCUGGGACUUAAUGUGGACCUAUACUGGAAGAGGAACCCUAACACUUCUCUAACCUUUAACAAUGCCACUGACACACUGUAAAAAGGAGCAUGUGAAUGAAAGCCAUCAAUUAUUACUUAAAGCAAUGUUGUUAUAUGGCUAAACAAAGACCAUUUAAUAUCCUAUAUAUAGUCACCCAGCGACAGACAGACAGACAGAUAGACAGACAGACAGACAGACAGACAGAGAGA